UCUCUGUGCUAACUACAAAGCUCCUGUCAUUCGUUUACUUGUUUAUAUCUGCGUUUUGGUUAUGCGAAACGUAAGAACGUAUCAUUGACGUAAUUUUUAACAAGGCAUUAUUUUUUAGUAACCAAUACUUUUCUAUUUUAUGAGUUUUAUUCAGAAUGUGCUGCUUGCCAGUAAUAAAUACACAUAAUUUAAAUACUGAGAAUAAGACCACAGUUGUUUCAGUCGUUACGUGACUGAUACCUUGAAGGUCCCAGUUCAAUACCAGGCACCAGGCCACGUCAUACACGGACUAUUUACGGUCUGCAGAAAGAGCGCCAGACAUGUCUGCUCCCGUUCCCCACGGAGACAAGGACCUGGACUUGUCAAACGCAAGUCGGGGCGUGUGGCUUGUGAAGGUUCCAAAGUAUAUUGCAAACAGGUGGGAAAAAGCACCAGGCAACAUUGAAGUUGGAAAACUAAAAAUAACUAAGUCGCCGGGCCAGAAGGCGUCCGUGUCGCUCACGCUGUCGGAGUCGGUGCUGUGUCUGAAAGAACCGGGCGAGGAGAGCAUCCCCAAGGACCACAGGCUCGAUGUCUCCACCGUCACCCACCAGACCCUCGGGGUGUUUUCCCACGUGACCCCCGCGUUCAACCCCGAGUCGGUGGUCCCGGAGUCCGAGAAGCUGGCCAUGGAAGGGCGUAUCGUCCAGAAGCUGGAGUGUCGACCCUACGCGGACAACUGCUACAUGAAGCUGAAGCUGGAGUCCAUCAAGAAGGCCUCGCUGCCCAACAGGCAGGUCAAGCAGCUGGACAGAAUAGUGCAGAACUACAAGCCCGUGUCGGACCACAAGCACAACAUUGAGUAUGAAGAGAAGAAGAAAUCUGAGGGGAAGAAAGCUCGCGAUGACAAGGAUGCAGUCUUGGAGAUGCUAUUUGCUGCCUUUGAGAAGCAUCAGUAUUACAACAUCAAGGAUCUGGUUAUGAUAACCAACCAGCCAAUUGUGUACCUGAAAGAAAUCCUGAAGGAAGUGUGCAACUACAACCUGAAGGCACCUUUCAAGAACACGUGGGAGCUGAAGCCAGAGUACCGCCACUACAAGCAGACUCCGGCCGCCUCCACCAGCUCGGCCACCGACAAGUGAAGUCGGCGCGACAUACGUGUUUGUACGGCUGUGACACCCGUGCUCAAUCACCGUGGUCAUGCAUCACUGCUAGGGACAAGAUUAUGGGAUGAACUGCGAUAAAAUCCAAGUAACGCCGGAAAGUGUGUCAAUAACACCAUUUAACACCAAGGUGCAACUAAAAUCAUGAAAUAAAUCAGCAUUUGUAAUAAAAGAAUAAUUAACUCUUAAACACAAAAACCAAAUUUUUAAUAUAGUAAAUUCAUGUAAUUUAUUUAGCAUGAUGUUUGGUCCAAAAUGUAUGUAAUAAAAUUGGGGAAGGGAUUUGAGUUUCAACUGUCAUUAUUAUUAUUACCAUAUUUAUGCAGACGAUAUGCCAAGGGUCGCCCACCAUACAUCUGUCUACAGUAGAGUACAGCUUAUUGGUGCGUUAAAAAUACAGCGCUGGUGAUGAAUGUCAAUCCUCUUUUUGUCUGCUUUCUGUGCUACGUUAUUACUGUAGGAGGGAGUGAGGCAGCGGCAUCCACUUCUUCCCCUUACCCCUACUAAUAAAAUCAACACCACUAGAUGGCACUUACGGAAUGCAGACAUACAAACCCGUUGGUUUAUGCCAGCCCAGCAAGUCGCAUAAUUCGCCGGCACCAUUCUUCGUGCUUUUCACUGCUCAGAUAUUUUAACUAAACAAUUUAUACUUACUUGUAAACUACGUAUUAAAAAUCAACACAGGAUAGUUAUUUACACACAUACUCAAGAGACUCCACAAUUAUAAAAAUUUUUUUUACCCAAAUUUAUAAAUUCAAAUAAAUCGCACGACACUUUUUUAAACUAAAAACCAGCACAAAAUAUGCUACCCAUAUGCGGAUAAAUACAUUAACUCAUUUUGCAAACACGCAAAUACUUGUUUAUUUAUUUCUAUCAUUCCGAGUAGUUAAAUAUGCAAUAUAUAUCAAUUAAAAAAUAAUUUAUUUAUUAAUUUGUGACAUGCCCACUAACGGUGGUAAAAUUUAAUUGUCAUUUAUGAAUAAAUAGCAUUCCUAAAAAAUAAAACCUAAAUCUCGUGUUUUAAAAAAAGAAAUCAGCCAAAUAUUUAAACCAUAUAAUCUUGUCCCUAAGUGAUGGCAAUAGUCGAUUGGGUCUUAUCAUUGGGUUAUUCUUUUGAAACCUACAUUUCAUGUGGUAUAUGUUUUGUUUGGAAUUGUAUCGUUAGGAGCAACAACUGAAUUUGCAUUGGUUUCAUGACUGUUCAGGUAAUUUUUUACCAACAAUUGUUCACUAUAAAUAAAACAAGUUUUUAUGAAAGAACAACUUUUGAUUUUAUUUAGUGUGUGAUCUUUUUAAAAUACCCUCCCAUUGUUAACACAUGGUACUUUGAAUAAUGAUUUGAUGUGUGGAGACAGUGUCUGAUCUAGAUGGCGGCCGUAUUAUGUUUUGUGUUUG